UGAAGGUUUUUUUUUCAGGCUGUGCAGCAGAUCCUCCGAUGCAUUGUAACAUCGCUGAACAACAUAAACUCUUUCACACAAUGUUACAGCAUCUGUAAUGACGUGCUGACUGUCGCGUGUGGGAAUAGAAACUAUCGUCAGGAUCCUGAAAAACAGAGAUGUUGUCUGUACUCUGAUCUGUUGGCAGGCUCUGAGGUCUCAUUAUGCUCCUCUAUCUGCUACUGGCCUUACAAACUAAGGUCAAUGCUCAGAUAGACCCAGCUCAAUGUCGGUAUCCUCUUGGUAUGGAGGAUGGGAGGAUCCAAAACGAUGACAUCACUGCCUCCAGCCAGUGGCAUGAAACCACUGGUCCUCAGUUUGCAAGAUUAAACCGAGAGGAGGGAGAUGGCGCCUGGUGUCCUGCUGGUCAACUGCACCCUUCGGUUGUUCAAUAUCUUCAGGUUGACCUUCGUCAGCUCAUCUUCCUCACCGUGGUUGCUACGCAAGGUCGAUACGCGCGUAACACCGGCAUUGAAUAUGCACGCAAGUACCGUCUGGAGUACAGUCGUGAUGGACACCGCUGGAUACCCUGGAGAAAUCGCUCUGGCAGUGAGAUUAUAAUGGGGAAUAUAAACACGUAUGACACAGUGGUGCGAGAUCUUCAUCCUCCAAUCAUCACUCGUUUCCUUCGUCUGAUUCCCGUCACUGAUGCUGUUCUUACUGUGUGUAUGAGAAUUGAGCUGUUCGGAUGCCUGUGGCAGGAUGGCCUGACAGCCUACAGCUCUCCAGAGGGUCAAAACAUGAUGGCUCCGGGAUAUCCCAACACACCCCUCAAUGACUCAACGUACGAUGGUGCCCUAAUACACAGGAAGCUGUCCCGAGGGUUGGGCCAGCUGACAGAUGGCGUGAUUGGCCAGGAUGAUUUUAUACAGAAGAGGCCGUACAGGCUAUGGCCCGGGUACGAUUAUGUGGGUUGGAGGAAUGACAGUUUGGGACCUGGAUAUGUGGAGAUGGAGUUUGAGUUUGACAGACAAAGGAACUUUACCUCUAUGAAGGUUCACAGUAAUAACAUGUUCAGUCGGGGUGUGAAGAUCUUCUCAUCUGUAUCCUGUGUCUUUAAACUGUACCUCAUCUCUGAGUGGCAACCGGAGCCGGUGGAGUUUCACACCGUCCUGGACGAUCGGAACCCGAGCGCUCGCUACGUGACGAUCCCGUUGAAGCACAGGUCGGCCACGGCUUUGCGCUGUCGCUUCUACUUCGCUGACACUUGGAUGAUGUUCAGCGAGAUCUCAUUCCAGUCUGCUACUAAUGUGCUUCCUACCCAGAAGCCACCAGUGUUGACCCCACCUUCAUAUGAGGUGAACAGCAAAGCACAAAGUACGACACAGAAACCAGAAGAAAAGACAACACCAAAGACCGGCUCACCUGAAGAAGGCAGUACAUCGAUUCUGAUUGGCUGUCUGGUGACUAUUAUUCUCCUAUUGGUGGUGAUCAUCUUCCUAAUUUUGUGGUGCCAGUACGCAUGUAAAGUCCUGGAGAAGGCUCCGAGACGUAUUUUAGACGAGGAUGUGACAGUGCGUCUGUCUUCUAGUAGUGACACUAUAAUCCUGCAAACUCCACCGGUGCCGCCUCGUGUCUCCCUCGACCCACCUUACGAAAGGAUCUUUCUCCUGGACCCCCAGUAUCAAGAUCCAUCUGCGCUACGAAAACUUCCAGAGCUGUCUCAAAGCGCAGAAUCAUCUGCCUGUGGUGGAGGAUAUGCCGAGCCGGAUGUUACUCUGUGCACCCCUCAUCAGUGUUUUCAGAGCAGUGUGCCUCACUACGCCGAAACGGAUAUCAUAAGCCUUCAAGGGGUCACCGGGAGCAACAUGUACGCCGUUCCCGCCCUCACCGUCGACUCUCUCACUCGUAAGGACAUUUCUGUGGCUGAGUUCCCUCGAGAGCGUCUUCUGUUCAGAGAGAAACUGGGAGAAGGCCAGUUCGGGGAGGUGCAUUUGUGCGCAGCCGAGGGUUUGUCAGAGUUUCUGGGAGAAGGCGCCCCGUUACCCGAGCAGGAUGGCAGACCAGUGCUAGUAGCAGUUAAACAGCUCAGAGCUGACGCCACCAGCAAUGCCAGAAAUGACUUCCUGAAGGAGAUAAAAAUCAUGUCGCGUCUCAAUAACCCCAACAUCAUUCAGCUGCUGUGUGUUUGCGUAAGCUCGGACCCUCUCUGCAUGGUGACCGAGUACAUGGAGAACGGGGAUCUCAACAUGUUCCUGUGCCAGCGAGAGAUCGAGAGCACACUUACACAUGCCAACAACAUUCCCUCUGUCAGCAUAGCUGAUCUGUUGCACAUGUCGGUGCAGAUCUCAUCUGGCAUGAAGUAUUUGGCUUCUCUGAACUUUGUGCAUCGCGAUCUUGCCACACGCAACUGUCUCCUCGACCGCCAUCUCACCAUAAAGAUCUCUGACUUUGGCAUGAGCAGAAACCUGUACAGCAGCGAUUACUAUCGUAUACAGGGCCGCGCUGUACUGCCUAUACGCUGGAUGGCCUGGGAAAGCAUCUUGUUGGGCAAGUUCACAACAGCUAGCGAUGUUUGGGCUUUCGGAGUAACUCUUUGGGAAAUCUUCACUCUCUGUAAGGAGCAGCCCUAUAGUCUUCUGUCCGAUGAGCAGGUCAUCGAAAACACAGGAGAGUUUUUCAGAAACCAGGGCAGACAGAUUUUACUCUCCGCACCGCCGCUCUGUCCAUCCUCUCUGUUUGAGAUCAUGAUGCGUUGCUGGAGUCGAGACAUUGCCGACCGGCCCUCAUUUCAUAGUUUGUACCGGGCCCUGCGAACUUUUGCUCCACCCUUAUGACUGACAUCUGCUCUACUUAAACAGCCCGGAGGUAAACUGUGAGCAUGACUAUUGGUCGGGAAGCGUUGCCCUUCCUGUAGAUGGUCAGUGAACUCAAGCAGGAGCUUUAUAGCCACAAUGUAGCGUCGUCAGAACGUUAGGAAUCCAAUGGAGGAGAGAUCCGGAGAUUAUGACGCUUCACAAAAGGCAUUUAUAUGCUCAUCUCCAUUGGGACCCAAAGAGCUUUUUCCAAUCCAUAGACACUUGAGAGGUUUUUUUUUUACUUUCCAUUGUUGAUUACAAUUCUUUUUCUUCUUUUAAUCACAAAUGAUAUUUCUCUUUGUUUUUUUACAAAAGAACAGUGACUCUUGAGCCUACUUUGUAUUUUAGGUGUAAAGAACCAACUGGACGAAUGUUGUAUUUGUCUGAACUGUGGUUGUGUAUUGUUAAGCACUGCUGUCUGUUUUUAUCUCAUUUUUGUCAUUCAUUGUCUUGUCUUGUCUUGUUCUUUAUUUGCCCCCACACUGGAGUUUUUAUGUCUUAUUAUUCUGAAUAUGUGGAUAGUAUGAUAAGAAGUGUUAUGCUUUCUGAAUAUGAAUGUUUUACAGGUUCUUUGGAUUUAGCCGGGUUGGAGACGUUCUCCGCCUGGAUCUAGCAGAACUACUGUAAUGGUAACAUUAAAACCCUUUCAGAGGAGAAACGAGAGGGUUCUAGAGCCAACAAUGGACUGAUGUGCAAUUGAAUGCACUGUUUCUUAACCCCCGAUUUGCCACUUCACUUCAACAUGUGCCUUAAAGGUGUAGAUUUUUAGCGGCAUCUAGCUAUGAGAUUGUGAAUUGCAACCAACUGCUCAGUCCACAGCUCACCUUUCCCUUUCGAAACGCAUAGAGAAAUUAAGAAAGCUGCCACACGACAAACAUGUCAUCGUCUGAGACAAGGUAGUGACGAAAUGCACUCUUUAGAGCUGUUUGUCCCUUUAGGGCUACUGUAGAAAGCGGUGACCCGCGGGGUAUGUAGAUAAAAACGGCUCAUUCUGAGGUAAUAAAAACAAUACAGUUCAUUAUAUAAGGUAUUUUGAUAAUAUAGUUAUGUUUAUUAUAUUUCAUGUCUGUCAAGAGAUCCUCCUAAAAGUUACAUAAUGCACCUUUAAUGCACAGAAUUGUUUUUGCUUUGUCUUAGAGUUAUGUUGAUUAUUAAAGGAAUAUUCCAUUUUCUUAAAAGAAA